AUGGGGAGAAAUUCUAUCAUCUUCUUCAUUAUUAGUACUCUCCUAUUCACAAUUAGGGUUUCAUCUGCGAGACCCGUAACUGCUAACUCCGACCAAGUUCCACCGACCGGAGAAUUCAAUGAAUUCAAUACCGGUGGCCUCAGUCGUGAAAGCUUUCCCGAUGGCUUCGUUUUCGGAACAGCAACUUCUGCUUAUCAAGUAGAAGGCAUGGCCAAUCAAGGAGGUCGUGGACCAUGCAUUUGGGAUACUUUUGUUAAAAUUCCAGGAAUGGAAGCCGAGGGUGCUAAUGCAGAUGUCGCGGUUGAUCAAUAUCAUCGAUAUAAAGAGGAUAUAGAUUUAUUGAAAAAUUUAAAUUUCGAAGCUUAUAGAUUUUCAAUUUCAUGGUCCAGGAUCUUCCCAAAUGGAACCGGAGCAAUUAAUCAAGAAGGGGUUGAUUAUUAUAAUAGAUUGAUCAAUUACAUGGUUGAGAAAGGCAUUACACCAUAUGUUAAUUUAUAUCAUUACGAUCUUCCGCAAGCACUUCAAGAUAAGUACUUGGGAUUGUUGAAUCGUCAAGUUGUGAAGGAUUUUACGGAUUAUGCAGAGUUUUGUUUUAUGACAUUUGGAGAUAGGGUUAAGAAUUGGUUAACAUUCAACGAGCCUCGAGUGAUAGCCCAACUUGGACACGAUGAUGGAUCGCAUGCACCGGGGAGAUGCUCUAAACCUUAUGGAAAUUGUUCUGAAGGGAACUCUGGUACAGAACCUUAUAUUGUAGCUCAUAAUAUACUCUUGUCUCAUGCAUCCGCGGUUCAAAAAUAUAGAGAAGAGUAUCAGGGAGUGCAAGGUGGACGCAUUGGAAUUGUAUUAGAUUUUACUUGGUAUCAACCUCUUACCAGAGGAAAAGCCGAUAAUUAUGCUGCCCAACGAGCUAGAGAUUUUAAUAUCGGAUGGUUUUUACAUCCCAUAACUUAUGGUGAGUAUCCUCGAACCCUUCAAGAAAUUGUUGACGAACGACUUCCAAAAUUUACAAAAGAAGAAGUUAAAAUGGUGAAGGGCUCAAUAGAUUUUGUUGGAAUUAACCAUUACACGUCAAAUUAUGUCUAUUACGAUGCCAACCGACCUAAACCAGAGGUUCUUGCUUACAAUAUGGAUUGGAACGCUUCAUUUGCAUAUGGAAAGAAUGGUGUUCCUAUUGGCCCAAGGGCUCACUCUUCUUGGUUAUACAAUGUGCCGUCGGGAAUUUACAACGUGAUCAUGUACGUAAAGGAGCGAUACGGCAAUCCAUCUAUGAUAGUGUCCGAGAAUGGAAUGGAUGAUCCAGGGAAUGUUACUCUUGUUGAUGGUUUGUAUGACAAUCAUAGGAUUGAUUAUUAUAGGACAUAUUUGAGCAAUUUAAAGAACGCGGUUGAUGAUGGUGCAAAUGUUAAAGCCUAUUUUGCUUGGUCAUUACUUGACAACUUUGAAUGGAGACUCGGCUACACGUCCAGAUUUGGAAUUGUCUAUGUUGACCAUAAGACCCUUGAUCGAUAUCCUAAGAUGUCCGCGUAUUGGUUCAAACAGCUAUGCCAGAAGACUAUCAAGCACUAG